GUCCACCGUCCAUAAAGUUUUUGUUAUAUUAAAAACUAUACAAUAUACAAAUAUACAGUACAUUAUAUUAUACACCACCCUUCUUUUCUUUCUUCUUCUCUUCUUUCUCUUCAGUACAGUCCUUCUUUUACAGCAUUUUUAUGGUGCCCAUGCUUCUUUCUCUUUGCAAUUUGCAUCAUUUCUUAAUCUCAUAAUCAAUAAUUAAUAAUCUAAACCCAAUUAAUUAAUCAAUUAAUUACAAUUUCUUUUUGCUUGUUAAUUGGGAUUUGCCACUUAUUCAAAAAGAUCUCUCAAAUCGCCUAACCCUAACUACCAAAUCUUCAUCUUUUAAUUAUUAUUUUCUUAUUUACAGAACCAAAUCUUCUUGAAAUACAACUUUUUUGAUCUUCUACUCCAUGUUUCCAUUUCAAAGUGGUGAGUUGUCUUUUCAAAUUUCCAAUGAUUUAGAAAAUAAUAAUAAUAACAAUAAUAUUAUUACUAAUACAAAUUCUAAUUUUCUCUUUGAGCAACAACAUAUCGCUGCAGUUGCAGCUGGUACUACUACUAAUAUUGACCUUGUUCAUCAACCUCAUUAUGGUGUUGAUUCAAAAUUCAAGAGCCCGAAAACACGAAAACCGCGAUCCGGGAAGUCUGUCCAGAAUAAUGCCAAUGUUAAUAAGAAUAAUAUAGAGGAUGAGAUCAAUGGAAAUGAUGUUACUAACAAGAAGGUUAUUCAUCGAGAAGUCGAAAGACAACGAAGGCAAGAAAUGUCCAAUCUUUAUUCUUCCCUUCGCUCCCUCCUUCCCGUAGAGUAUGUUAAGGGAAAAAGAUCGGUAUCAGAUCACAUAACCGAGGCUACAAGGUACAUCAAAGACUUGGAGAUGAAUGUAAAGGAGCUAGGAGAGAAAAGAGAUAGUCUUAAAGACACAUUUUCUUCAUUAGAAAAUCGACGAACUAAAAGAGAGCAUAAUGUUGGAUGUUCAUCAUCAAGUAGCACUACCUCUACUACUUCAAGAAGUAGUAGUAGUAGUAAUACUAGAGAUUAUAAUGUGAACAUUCAUAAAUUUUCUAAAACACUUCAGAUUGAGAUAACUGCCGGAGUUGAAGAGGAUGAUCCAUGUCCUAUUUCGAAAACACUCAAAGUGUUAGCUCAAGAAGGCCUUGAUGUUGUUAGUUGUGUUUCUAAUAAAGUAAAUCAGAGGUGGAUUUACGUGAUUUAUUGUGAGGUUAAUGAAGAAACACCAGUCGAUUCGUGUCAUUUGCGAGAGAUAUUGAUGAGUUUAGUUGUUUCUUCAAGUAAUGUAUAAGAGUUGGCCCUUUCAUAUGCAGGUCCUUUGCAUCAAUAGUGCACUGCAUUGUGUUGUUGGCCUUGGUGCUCUUUGCAGUUAUGUAUGACAUGACUACUUGAAGGCGACAAUAAUCAGUCUACAAAAAAAAUCAGCAACAUUUUGGCAGAUAGAAUUAAUGAAUAAGGCCACUUCAUUUUAAUUAUUUUUGGAAAUAUGUAUAAUUGUAUGGAUAGAGGAAAUUUUCUUUAAUUUAUCAACUGUUUGACAGGCC